AUGUUUAAAUAUGAUAAAAUUAAAAAAGGUUGGAGGGAAUUAAGUAGGACUGCGAAAGUUGUAUAUGGAUGCUUUUUUUUUAACAUGAUUUUACUUAUGGGAAUAACAACCAGAAGGCAUUUGGCCAAUAAAAAAGCAGUUGAUUUUUAUACUAAUAAAAUAUUAGAUUCAAAUAAUGAAAAUGAAGAUUGGCACUGCUAUAAUGUAGCAAAACAAUAUCGCUACGAAUGUGCAUAUUUAAAUGAAGAAGAAAUGGAACAAUUACAAUUAUGUAAAAAAUUGGAUUUAAAAUUAGAAAAUUGCAGAAAUAAAUUAUAUGAUUAUAUAAAAGAAGACACACCAGCUAUGAAAAAUAUUCCUCAUAUUAUAAAUAAACCAAUAUGGUUAAAAGAUCCAGUAUGGUUUCAAAAUUUACAAAACAAAAAAUAA